AUGAUUCAUGCUCAUUUUGAUUUAUUUCAGGAAGACCGUCGAUCUCAGCAAUUAAUUGAUAGGCUUUGUCGACAAUCUCUGCUGGAACGUCGCAUCGGUGUACAAUUGGCUCAGACCAAACGAGAGAAAUCUGUUUUGUUGGGUAAUCUACUGGAAAGAGAAAAGGAGCAUGCAGCCCAACGGGAACGGGAAUUUGAACAAGCAAUGGAUCUCGAACGGGUUAGUACUUCGCAAACCGCAGUUUAG